AUGCCCGCCUCCGUGCACCGCCCCUGCCCGCUCGCCCUCGCCCUCGCCCUCGCCGCCACCCUCAUCCUCCUCUGCGCCCCACCCGCAACGGCUGAACGUACCUACGACCCUUCGUGGUCCGACGAGUACUGGGCCAACGAGAUCGUCGUCGGCGAGGCGGCGGAGGAGGUGGUGAGCGUCGCCGCCAGGCGCGCGGAGGCGGGCGGCUACUCGUACGGCUGCGCCAGGCUGUGGCUCGCCAUGGGCUGCCCUCCCGCUCCCGGCAAGGGCGUGAACGGGAGCCUGGUCGACGGGAGGCGCUCCUACGAUCGGGAGCUAGAUCGCUUCGAGGAGGGGCUGCGGCAGUGCAGCUACCCUGAGCUUGAUCCCUACUUUCGCCGCACCGCCCCGACGUCUACUUUCGAUCCUCGGUGUUGUCCCUGCUGCUAUCCAUGUGAUCGCUACUACUGA